UAUUUGCUCACAACAUAACCUUCCUUGAAUUGAAAAACUUCUAUUAUCACUAACCUUACUAUACCGAAGAUGACAAAAUCUGGUUACAUAAAUGCUGCAUUUCGUUCAUCUAGGAACAAUGAAGCAUACUUUUUCAUCAAUGAUAAGCUCUUGCUAUUAGAUUAUGCUCCCGGAACCAGCAACGAUAAGAUUUUGUACGGGCCUGUUCUUGUUCGUCACGGGUUUCCAUCACUUGAUAAUACAAAGUUUGGAAGCUAUGGAAUAGAUUGUGCCUUCGACACUGAUAACGACGAGGCAUUCAUCUUUUAUCAAAGCCUUUGUGCUAAGAUAGAUUAUGCUCCGCACACUGACAAAGACAAAAUAAUCUCUGGUCCUAUGAAAAUCGCCGAAAUGUUUCCUUUUUUAGAAGGAACUGGGUUUGAACACGGAAUAGACGCUGCAUUUAGGUCAACUUUGAACAAAGAAGUUUACUUGUUCAGAGGAGACAAAUAUGCUCGUAUAGACUACGGCACCAAUAGUCUCAUCCAAAUUAUUAGGGAUAUUAGCGAUGGGUUUACUUGUUUCAAAGAUACAAUCUUUGAAAAGGGAAUCGAUGCAGCUUUUGCUUCUCACAUCUCGAAUGAAGCUUACCUUUUCAAAGGAGAGAACUUUGUACGUAUCAGUUUUACCCCAGGCGAAUCACAUGACGUCAUUAUGGGGGGUGUGAGGCAAACUCUUGAUGUUUGGAAAUCUCUUCAAGACAUAAUACCUCUCAAGAAUUAACAAAUAUUGCACUUCGUGACAAUAACAACACUUGUUUGAUCACAAUCUCAAAUAAAAAUGAUUUGAAUACGCACACAUAUGUGAAAAGCUAAAAAUGAUUUUUAAAAAAAUUAAAUUAAAUGUUUUUCAUGUGUGUGCCAAAAUUAUUUUUAUUUCGGAUUGUGACCAAGUAAGAGUUGUUCUCGAGCUGGUGAUGGUCGUCCUCAACAACAACGCAUUGAAGUUUUAAACUAGAGAUAUGAAUAAUUCUACAGUAGUAUGGUAAUAAUAAAGAAUAUAGAUUGUUGUUGUUCUUGUUUACUUUCUUUGCAUCAAUAAUCAAUAAUUAAUGUAAUAGUUUGCUUCCAUUGAUCCAUCCCUU